AUGAGAGAUCCAGUUGGACAGGGGGGUAUGGCAUUCCAACCGUUUUUACCAAACACUGCUUCGRWWAUCACCAUCGACACAAUGCUGGCCCGACAACCUCCGUUUUUCCCUGUCAUUGCGCUAACUUCCCACAGGUCUCUUCCCUUGCCUGUUGCGCAAAGGCACCCCACGCUGGAUCUAGGCAAUGCCGAAACGAUCCUCCGCUUAUCCUCGCUGGAACACCAUGCUGCCACCCAGUCUGCCAAGCUCAGGCCUCCUAAAACGGGGGGGACAGAGAAUGCCACCGAGGAUGAUCCAAAGGUUAACUUGGAGGCGAGGGAGCUUUGGACACAAUUCCACAAAUUCGGCACUGAAAUGGUCAUAACAAAAUCAGGAAGGCGCAUGUUUCCAGCGUUCAAAGCCAGAUGUACUGGCUUGAACAAAAUGGCAAAAUAUAUUUUGCUGAUGGAUAUUGUGGCGGCCGACGAGUGCAGGUACAGGUUUCACAACUCACAUUGGAUGGUGUCAGGAAAGGCAGAUCCUGAAAUGCCAAAGAGGAUGUACAUACACCCAGACAGUCCCGCUUCUGGCGAGCAAUGGAUGUCAAAAGUGGUCAAUUUUCACAAACUAAAAUUGACAAACAACAUCUUGGACAAGCAUGGGUUUACGAUUCUUAACUCAAUGCACAAAUACCAGGUUAGGUUUCACGUUGUGAGGGCCAACGCAAUCCUCCAACUGCCAUAUAGCACGUUCAUGACCUAUGUCUUUUCUGAGACAGAAUUCAUCGCUGUAACUGCAUAUCAAAACGAUAAGAUUACACAACUGAAAAUUGAUAACAAUCCUUUCGCCAAAGGAUUCCGUGACACUGGCAAUGGGAGAAGAGAAAAAAGGAAACAACUGGGGAUUAAUACACAAAGGUCCAAUGAGACGCAAAUGCAAGAAGACAAUGACAUCUCUUGUGACUCUUUGGAUGAGGGGAGAACUUUCUCCAGUGUAGCAGCCAUGGGUCACAGGCUGGCAGCUGUGUCAUCUGGCGGAGUGUGCGCCAUGGGCACGGCUGGUAUCCUGGCAUCUUCUUUACAAAGAGUGUCAGGAACGUCAGGAUUACCCGUGAACUUUCAGCAGCAUGCUAUGGCAUCACAGGGCCUCACCGUUUCGCCAAUUGGUGGUAUUUCCCCCUACCCCUACUCCUAUUUGGCAGCAGCGGCUCCUCACUCYACCACAGCAUCGACCCCAGUGCGCCCUCGUACUCGCGUAUCCAGCAAGGAUGGCAUGGAUCAGCUUCAAUGUAUGCAACAGUUGGUCGGUGGCAUAGACUCCUAG